GCCCCCUCGCCGGACUUCUACUCGGCCAACCGGCAAUUGCCCGCCAGAAGACCGGUGUCACCGUCCGAUAAGCUCCUCCUCUCAAUUAUUCGGAUAAGAAUGAUAAGGGGAAAUCAAUGGCUACUUACCCAGUUAUACUCCUUACUCGCUCUCUCUUUCUCUUUGCCCCUCGCGCAUGCGUCCCAUGUAUAACGCAUUCUCGCCUCCCUCUUCUCCUUCCUUCUUCCAAAGCCCCAGGGGCAGUCUCUUCCUUCUAUAGUAUCUCAAUCUCUCACCCCUUCAAAGAUCCAGGGAUACAAAAUGGGUGAACUCAAGCGGGGUUCGCCGCCUGCAGCGGCACGACAAAUCGACGACUAUGGCUCCGGCAGCGUUCAAGAUCAAGAUGCCGAUGAGCUGCGUCUGGCGCAGAUGGGACAUAGACAGGAACUGAAACGCCAUUUCUCUGUCUGGAGUCUCAUCGGCUUAGCUGCCAAUUGUACCAUCUCGUGGACAGGCCUUGGGCUAGGAUUGAUUACCUCUAUCAACGCGGGAGGACCCGGUGCAUUGAUAUACGGGUUCAUUCUUGUCUUCAUCCUACAAUGUUUCUUAGGUACAUCAUUAGCAGAAUUCGUCUCCGCAUAUCCUGUGGAAGGUGGAAUGUACCACUGGAUUGCAGCGAUAGCUCCGGAUCGCUAUAGCGAUGUAUUAAGUUUCGCGACCGGCUGGAGCACCGUUUUUGGAUGGAUCUUUACCACGGCUUCGACGAACCUAGUCUAUGCCUCCAACUUCAUGGCCCUCAUUGCUCUAUAUGGAACCGAUUUCGUGCUGCAGCCCUGGAUGACUUUUGUGGCAUACCAGGGUUUUAAUCUCCUUACAUGCGCUAUUGUCAUGUUUGGGAACAGGUGGAUGCCGGUCAUCAACAAGUUCUCUUUGUGCUAUCUUCAAUUAGCUUGGCUUGUCAUCCUCGUGACCGUCGUUGCUGCUGCUCCGAAACACAACGAUGCUGAGUUUGUUUUCCGCACAUGGAUCAAUGAGACUGGCUGGAAGAACAACGUUAUCUGCUUCAUUACUGGCUUAGUGAAUCCUCUAUAUUCGCUCGGGGGUCUGGAUGGGAUUACGCAUAUCACAGAGGAGAUGCCGAACCCUGGAAGAAACGCUCCGUUGGCGCUAGCUUGCACUCUUGGCAUAGCAUUUGUGACUGGCCUGACCUACCUCCUGGCUCUGAUGUUUUCAGUCCAAGACUACUCGAGUCUCGCCAAUUCACCCACGGGCCUGCCGCUGGCGGAGAUCUUUCGCCAGGCAACCCAAAGCCGAGGCGGUGCUUUCGCGCUUGUUUUCCUCCUGUGGAUGGCGGUAGGCCCGUGUAUGAUUGGCUCUCAAUUGAGCACAGGACGAAUGUUCUGGGCGUUUGCCAGAGAUGGUGGUCUUCCAUUCUCGAGAUUCUGUUCGAGAGUUAACCCAAAGUAUGGAGUUCCUGUCAACGCCCAAUUAUGUGUGGGCAUCAUCAUCGCUCUCCUGGGUUGUAUCUAUCUGGGAUCUAGUACUGCUUUCAACUCCAUGAUGAGUUCUGCCGUAACAAUCAACAAUUUCGCUUAUCUAGUACCGAUUUUCACAAAUGUCCUGCUUCGUCGACGAACAAUGCACCAUGGGCCCUUCACGUUAAGUUUUGCCACUGGGAUGACGGUCAACAUUGUCACGGUGGCUUGGCUGCUCUUCGCUAUUAUUUUCUUCUCGUUUCCUUACGAGAUGCCUGUGACAACAUCGAAUAUGAACUACACGUGUGUUUGUGUCGGUGGGUUCUUAUUUCUCGAGCUGCUGUGGUGGCUAAUUGCGGGAAAGAAGUAUUCAGAACAUAUGCGGAAGGUAAAGGGACAUGAUAGCCAAACAGCGCAUAACUCAGUAAUUGUUGCUGCUGGCGAGAAAAGCUAGCUGUGCUAGCUAAAAGACUGUAUAAGAUACGACAUUAAAAGGGGCUCUGAAUUCACCCCCUAUGAUAUGAUAAGUCAUGAGCACAUGUAUAUGAUUAAAGAGACCUUCGACCCUCGGUGAUAGAGUUUAGAGACCGAAAUUGAUGAUGUGUUGGGGGCGCAUGAAGGCAUAGACUCG